AUGAUUACUUUAACGGAAGACGUCAACCAACUGUUUAAUAAGGUGCUUCAUGAAAUCUCUCAAAAUGUCCGGCAUAUGAUGGAAGAACUCUGGUUAAAUUGGUCCCAUCUAGGGGUUGAUGAUAAGACCAAAUUCGACAAUAUAAACACAUUAGUGCAGAUUGAAAAAGAACUUCAUCGAGAUGUAAUAUCAGAGACCAGGCAAAAAUUAAAAACUAUGCAGGGUCAAGUUGACAAAUUAAAGGAAGAAACUGAAGAAUUAAGCAGAUGUUUGUCAGUUGAUAUAACAAUACUGGAUUUCAAGGAGGAUAUGAUGUUGGUUGAUUACAAGCGAGAGUUGGAAGAGCAGAUUGCUGGAUAUCGAGAACAAAUGGAACAACGUCGCAUGAAGAUGAACAGAUUAUUAGAAUGGCAAAGAGAUCUUACUGAUAAACUUGGUGUAACAUUCCAUGAAUUGCAAGAGAUUCCAUUACCAUCAGAAAAUGAACUGGACAAGCUAAAAGAACAUCUAGAAGUACUUCAAACUGAGAGGGACAAAAGAGUUGAGUUAUUUUUGAACACCCAAGUUGAAAUUAAGGACAUUAUGGAUAAACUUCAAAUCAAGCCGCAAAACAAGUUUGAACAUAUGGCUGUUACUUCUUUGUCUGUAGACUUUAAAGUAACUGAUUUAAACAUGGAUAGGUUAGCCAAGUUGCGGCAAGAUUUACAAGAGAGAUAUGAGCAGAUUAAUAAUAGGGUUUUGGAGUUACGUGAACGUCUGUCCAAGCUGUGGGAUUGCCUUGAAGAAGAUCAUAUUUAUCGUGAAAACUUCCUACAAGCACAUCCUGGCUGUCAUCCAACAACUGAGGCAGCUAUUAAAGAGGAAAUCAAAAGAUGUGAUCAAAUUAAAAGACAAAAGAUUGCAGUAUUUGUUGCAAAUGUUCGCACUAAAAUAAAGUUAAUGUGGGACAGCAUUAUGUACUCAACUCAACAACGGGAGGAAUUCAUGCAUUACUACCAGGAUGUAUUUACUGAGGACACUCUCACUCUGCAUGAACUAUACUUAGAUAAGAUUACUAAGUUCUACAACGAUAAUAAGCACAUCUUCGAGUUAGUAGUAACGCGUAAGAACCUGUGGCUCAAGAUGAUGGAGCUCGAGGCGCGUGCGACGGAACCCGGCCGCUACAACAACCGCGGCGGUCAGUUGCUGCGGGAAGAGAAGGAAAGGAAGUCGAUUGCUAGCAAUUUACCCAAAAUUGAGGCGCAAAUUCGUGAUCUUGUAAACGAAUAUGAAGCUAAAACAGGCUCUACCUUUACCGUGGAUGGGAAACCUCUUCUGCAGCUGAUGCAGGAUGAGUGGGAGACUAGGAAAACUGAACGCCAUAAUAAGCUGUCGGCGCGCAAGCAGGCGCUCACACCCACCACGCCGCUGUUCCGCUCGCUGGCCACGUCGCCGCUGGGCAAGCGCAACCGAACCGCCGCCGGCCUCGCCGCCACCGCCGACAGGAACAGGCCGCCCACCAAGCGCCAGCUGAUCACCGGCAGCGCUACCAAGGCGGUGUCCACUCUAUCGUCCAACCUGUCCGCUCUCAAACGAUCUGCUAUAUCUACUGUUAAGAGGCGUAUCAGUGGUCGUCUGGCCGCGCGGGCUGUGACCGAGAUCAAGGGCGAGCACGCGAAACGUAAGCUGGACUAUGGUGCUGAGGGCAAAAAGACACCCAAAGCCACUGUUAAUGGCAGUAUUCUCAAGCAUAAGCGGACUUCGUGCGGGCGGCGCCGCAGCGGCGGGCGGCGGUCAAUGAACGCGACGCAGAGCACGGCCAGCUCGACGCGCAACCCGCUGGUGGACACCACUCUGCUUACUACGUAUACUGACUUUAAGGACGGCAUAAACGAACGACAAAUCAGUCGCAGUUCAAUGGCAACAAGACAAGAAGCACCACCCCCUCCCACCAUCAUCUAUCAGACGUUAGAAGAGAAAUCGGAGACCCCAAAAAAAAUUUUCAGGAACAACCCAACACCACUCACGCCGAAAAUAGGAAAGGAGAACAUUCAACAUACAAACGUACAAAUGACGCCUAAAAACAGUAUUCUAACAACGCCUACAAGAUUAACGAGAUCCGCUUUAAAGUUAAAUAACGAUGGGUUCGCAACUCCCCGUGCUCCCCUCUCAGCGAAUAAAGUGAACUUACAAAGACAAAACACAAUGUCCAAUAUGGCACUUAAAACGACUCCCAAUAAUGUUAGCAGGUCUAAAUCUCACUCGCAUUUGGUUCGAGCGAAAAAUCUACCACCCCUCAUA